CUUCGAAAGAGAUUAGUUUUUAUAUCUCUCGACGAUCUGGGAACAGCAAACAGCAGGGAAGAGACACAGAAGAAAAACCAUGUCGGCGGUAGGCUCUCUUAUCUUUUGCACGGCGUGCGGAAAUCUCUUGGACUCGAUAUCUCAUCAGCAACAUCUUACUUGCUCGGUCUGCCAUAGCACAUACCCGUCCGGCGACUUCAGUCGAUUGAAGGUCGUGACACACACAGCGCCGGAUGCGUUCCCAUCGAGCUUGAAGUCGAAGAAGUCGUUAGUGAAGACGAGUUUGAACCGUGGAGAGGUGGAAGAGGGGGCUACAAUCAAGGAGAAAUGUCCGCAGUGUGGUAACGACGAGAUGCAGUAUCACACUUUGCAGCUUCGGUCUGCUGAUGAAGGUGCAACUGUGUUCUACACAUGUACGAAGUGUGGCUACAAGUUCAGAACGAAUAACUGAAAGCUUAGGAGCUGGUCCAAAUACAUAUAUAGUACGAGUACGCUACUGU